GACCCGCGGGCCUCGGCCCGGCCGCCCCCUCCGAGCGACGAGGACAUGGCCGCUCUCCAGCGCAGGAUCAACGAGGCCCGCAGCCGCCCGCGGCUGCCGCUGCUCGUCGUGGACGCCAUGGUGCCGGGGCAGCGCCUGCGGUUCUCGUCCGGCGACGCGAGCCUGGAGAACGCCUUGCAGGAAGGAUCCGGCGAGGCCAUCAUCCUGGGCGCCUGGAAGGGCGCGAUCCUCCGCCACGGCGUCGUCGGCAGCAUGCAGCGCACCGACGGCGGACAGUGGGAGCUCCGGGGUCGCCGGCACGUCAAGGUGUUGCCGCCGAUAGAGCGGACCUUAGAUGAUAUCAACAUGGCACGGGCAGAGUUCAUCGAGGACGAGGUGCGAGAGGCAGACAUCCAGGUCGCGCGGUCGCUGAGACCGCUGGUCCAAGAGUGGCGCCAGCUUGUGGAGGGAACGAAGUUCGAGCGCUUCGAGGGCCAGAUCCUCGGCGUCCUGGACGACAUGGGCCCCAUGCCACGCGAUGAGGACGCCGGAGCGCUGGCCCUGUGGGUGGCGGGCCUGAUCAACCCGCUGCCUGGCCUUGGCGUGGCCCACGAGAUCCGGCCCGCGGCGCUCUCCGCGGAGGCGGUGGGCGAGCGGCUCACCGUCGUGUUGGAGGGCAUCAAGGGCAGCAUCGGCCAUUUGAGCGGCAAGAAGCCCUUGUUCUGA